UGUUACUUCGGGUGACCGUUCAAACUGCUGUGGUCGUUUCAAACUCUGUUUUCUUGUUUGGUUCUGGGCUUCUCGUUCUUCGUUCUUCCUCAGUUUGAGAUCGCGUCCCGAAAGCCAAGAUGGCUAGGAGGCUAGAUUAUGACGAGGAGAAAGAGAAAUGUAAGAAGUUCCUCAAGGAAUUCUACUUGGAUGGAGACCAAGGGAAGUCCUUCACCUAUGGAGAGCAGCUCGUGCGUCUGGCACAUCGUGAGCAGAUUGCUCUCACCAUAGACCUGGAUGAUGUUGCAGAGAUUGAUCAGGAAUUAGCGGAGAACAUUGCUAAGAACAGCCGUCGCUACCAAGCAUUGUUUUGCGAUGCCAUCCAUGAACUGUUGCCCGACUACAAGGAAAGAGAGCCCCAAGCCGUGGAUUCGCUGGACGUGUACAUUGAGCAUCGCUUGCUGAUGGAACAGCAGCUGCGUGCACGCGACGGUGCAAACAUUCAGCGUGACCCGCGCAACAUGUUCCCACCGGAGCUCCUUCGGCGAUUUGAGGUUCACUUCCGUCAGCAGCAGGCCAUAAAGCCCAUGUCCGUGCGUCAAGUCCGCGCCGACAGCAUUGGCAAGCUGCUUACCGUGCGUGGCAUUGUGACGCGUGCCACCGAGGUCAAGCCUGUCAUGGCCGUUGCCACGUACACCUGCGACCAGUGCGGUGCAGAAACAUACCAGCCGGUGGGUGGCCCAUCGUUCAUGCCCGUAUUAACUUGUCUUAGUGAAGUGUGCCGUACCAACCGCUCCGGGGGUCGUCUCUACUUGCAGACCCGCGGCUCCAAAUUUGUCAAGUUCCAGGAGCUGAAGAUCCAGGAACAUAGUGACCAAGUGCCUGUUGGUAACAUUCCCCGCUCUAUGACCGUCUACUGUCGUGGUACCACUACUCGUCAGGCACAGCCUGGUGACCAUGUGGUUGUGGCCGGUGUCUUCUUGCCAAUGGUUCGCACUGGAUUCCGUCAGAUGUCCGCUGGUCUUCUUGCUGAUACCUACCUUGAGGCUUGCGUGAUUGAGAAGGUCAAUCGCAUGAAGCAGUUGGCUGACGACGAUGAGAAAACCGACGAAGACAUCAUGUCAAUGGCACAAGAGCAUGAGUUCUACGAGAAGCUGGCAUCGUCCAUUGCUCCGGAAAUCUACGGCCAUGAGGACAUCAAGAAGGCCCUGCUGCUGCUUCUUGUCGGUGGUGUCGACAGAAGUCCGCAGGGAAUGAAAAUCAGAGGAAACAUCAACAUCUGCCUGAUGGGAGAUCCUGGUGUGGCCAAGUCUCAGUUGCUGUCAUAUAUCGAUCGGCUAGCACCGCGUAGCCAGUACACGACUGGACGCGGUAGCUCCGGUGUGGGUCUGACCGCGGCCGUCAUGAGAGACCCGUUGACAGGAGAGAUGACACUGGAAGGCGGUGCGCUGGUCUUGGCCGAUCAGGGUGUGUGCUGCAUCGACGAGUUUGACAAAAUGAUGGACGGUGACCGAACAGCCAUUCAUGAAGUCAUGGAACAGCAGACCGUGUCCAUUGCCAAGGCUGGUAUCAUGACAUCACUCAACGCCCGUGUCUCCAUCCUGGCUGCUGCCAAUCCGGCAUACGGCCGCUACAACCCCAAACGUAGCGUUGAGGCCAAUAUCCAGUUGCCAGCUGCUCUCCUCUCUCGUUUCGAUCUCCUCUGGGUCAUUCAGGAUAAGCCUGACGUGGAAGCUGACUUGAGACUGGCACAGCAUAUCACGUACGUCCACCAGCACUCCGUACAGCCACCGACCGAAUACGAACCUCUGCCAAUGAAGCAUGUUGCCCGUUACAUUGCUCUUGCGAAGCAGAAGACGCCCGUUGUUCCCGAAGCUCUGACGGACUACUUUGUUGGUGCGUAUGUUGAGAUGCGGAAGGAGGCACGCAACAGCACUGACACAACUUACACGUCUGCUCGAACCUUGCUCGGUAUCCUGCGUCUUUCGACGGCUCUGGCUCGUUUGCGUCUUGCCGAUGCUGUUGAGAAGGAUGAUGUCAAUGAGGCCAUGCGCCUGAUGGAGAUGAGCAAGUUCUCCCUGCAUGAAGAAGAGACUGGCAAGAGGCACGUGAAGCCUGUUGAUGCUAUCUACUCAAUCAUCCGUGAGUUGGCCGGCGACAAGUCUGAAGUGAAGGUCGACACAGCCCGCCAGCGCUGCACGACGAAGGGCUUCACGCCCGACCAGUUCUCCCAGUGCUUGGCCGAGUAUGAGCGUCUGGACGUGUGGCAGGUCAACAGCGCGCAGACUCGCAUCACGUUUGUACAGUAGCCACCGCCGCUGCGGUGCCUGCUCGCUAUGCUGUUCAGUUGCUCUGGCCACGUUGGGACAUCGUGCCAGCGUGUAUUCCUGCUUUCCCCCUGUACAUUGGCUAUGCUGCAAUAACGUCCAUUAUCUAUUUGAAAUGUUUUAGACCCGAGAUGUGUAUGUGUGUAAACUGACUAUGUCCACUUUAUCAGUGUCUUAUAUGAGUUGUACGUUUCCGGCUGUUUCUCGCGUUGCGCCUUUUUAAAAAUGUUUUUACAUUGUACUUGAGCAGAGUGUUGCUGGUAAAAAAUAGUGUGCAGUGCAUGUCUCCGAUAUUGCACAUCAUCUGCAUUAUGCUCUACUAGGUGUUCAUAGCCUGAUCCGUGGCCUACCGUUCGUACGUCUUUGUGAACUCUUUCUACUUUUCAUCUGUUUUACUUUUUAUCACUUCCAGUACUUCGAAGUAUGUACUGAUGGUACAAGCGAAUGAGAUGUUAAAAAGUGCAACAUCAUUAUAUGUACCGCG